AUGAGAAAAAGGAGUGAAAAUCCAAGUGAGGUCUAUGGAUAUAGAGGAUUCUUAUUUGUUUCAGUCUGGAACAUCAGAACCCGGGUGCCAUUUGCCAUAGAUUAUUUAUUGAUAGGCCACGUGACGUCACAUGACCAACUCGCACCUCAUCCCAUCGAAAACGAUUUUCGCUUUCCCAUUUUCCAAUCUCCAACCAUGGGUGCCCAGUUCAGAACUCUAGAGCGGGAAAAACGCUUCCAGAACCCGCCUAAAGAUAAAAGCGCGUACCCUCUUUUGGCCGAUGCCGUGGCUCCCCACGUUGGAUCGUUCAAUGCGCUCACUGAAGGCGCCGAUGGUGGACUUUUGAAUCUUGCCGUUAAAGACAUUGGCACCAAAACCAUUUUCGAUUCCAACGACGAAACUCGUUUGGGAAACAAGUUGAAAAUCCGUGUGGACUCUGUUCAGUUGGCCCGUCCAAGUGUGCCUCCUACAGACAAACUUUCUGUCAACAGAAAAACUUUCCCAUCCGAAUGUAGAGAGAGAAUGUCCACCUACAGAGGAAAGCUCUUGAUGAAAGUCGUUUGGAGCGUUAACGAUGGCGAGGAAGUCUCCGAGGUGAGGGAUGGUGGCCAGGUGCCCAUCAUGUUGAAGAGUAACCGUUGUCACUUGGAGAAAUUGUCUCCUGACGAAUUGGUGGCUCAGAAGGAGGAGAGUGACGAGUUGGGUGGUUACUUCAUCGUCAACGGUAUUGAGAAGUUGGUGCGUAUGUUAAUUGUGCAAAGACGUAAUCACCCAAUGGCGUUGAUCCGUCCAUCUUUCGGAAACAGAGGUGCUCUGUACACCAAGUUUGGUGUCCAGAUCCGUUGUGUUCGGCCCGACCAGACGUCGCAGACGAACGUCUUGCAUUAUUUGAAGGACGGUAAUGUCACCUUCCGUUUUUCGUGGCGCAAGAACGAGUACUUGGUUCCAGUGGUGAUGGUGUUGAAGGCCUUGGUGGAAACUAAUGAUCGUGAGAUUUUCGACGGAAUUGUCGCUGCCGACACAUCCAACUCGUUUUUGACUGAUCGUUUGGAGUUGUUGUUGCGUACUUAUAAGCAAUACAACCUCCACUCCCAGAAGUCCACAUUGGCUUAUCUUGGAGACAAGUUCCGUGUCGCUUUUGGUGCUACCCCUGACGUUUCGGACAUCGAUGUGGGCCGCGAAGUGUUGAAGAGAAUUGUGCUUGUCCAUUUACCUGACAAUGCCGACAAAUUCCGUCUUUUGUUGUUCCUGAUCCGCAAAUUGUACACUCUUGUGGCUGGCGACUGUGCCCCAGACAAUCCAGAUGCGACCCAGCAUCAAGAGGUUUUGUUGGGUGGUUUCUUGUACGGAAUGAUCAUCAAGGAGAAGAUCGAAGAGUAUUUGCAGAACAUCAAGAUGCAGAUUUCCUCGGACAUUGGUCGUGGGGUCCGUGUCAACUUCAACGAUAGAAAGUACAUGUCUCGUGUGUUUAUGCGUACGAACGAGAACAUUGGCCAGAAGUUGCAAUACUUCUUGUCCACCGGUAAUUUGGUUUCACAGUCGGGUCUUGAUUUGCAGCAGGUUUCCGGUUACACGGUUGUGGCUGAGAAAAUCAACUUCUACCGUUUCAUCUCGCACUUCCGCAUGGUUCACAGAGGUUCUUUCUUUGCCGAGUUGAAAACUACUACUGUUCGUAAAUUGUUGCCCGAGUCUUGGGGCUUUUUGUGUCCUGUCCAUACACCCGAUGGAUCGCCCUGUGGUUUGUUGAAUCACUUGGCCCAUAAGUGCCAGAUUGCCACCAAAGCCUCCGACGUUUCGGCUGUCCCAGCAGCAUUGGCUCGUUUGGGUGUCUCACCUGCUCACACUUUUGCUGCAGGUCCUGGCUUGUGCUGUGUUCAUUUGGACGGAAAGAUCGUCGGAUGGACCUCUCACGAACAAGGUAGAAUUGUGGCUGACUCCUUGCGUUUGUGGAAAGUACAAGGUCUCCACAACUUACCAAAAGACUUGGAAAUCGGUUAUGUGCCACCAUCAUCUAAGGGUCAAUACCCCGGUUUGUAUCUUUUUGGUGGUCACUCGCGUAUGAUGAGACCAGCCAAGUACUUGCCUUUGGAUAAGGAAGACAUUUUGGGUCCAUUCGAACAGGUGUACAUGAAUAUUGCUGUGACACCAGCGGAAAUUGAAGAGAAUGUCCACACUCAUGUGGAAUUUGCACCAACAAACAUUUUGUCCAUUUUGGCCAACUUGACCCCAUUCUCCGACUUCAACCAGUCGCCCAGAAACAUGUAUCAAUGCCAGAUGGGUAAGCAAACCAUGGGAACUCCAGGUGUGGCUCUUGUCCACCGUUCAGACAACAAACUUUACCGUUUGCAGACAGGCCAGACGCCUAUUGUCAAAGCCAAUUUGUACGAUGACUAUGGAAUGGACAACUUUCCAAAUGGUAUGAACGCUGUUGUUGCCGUCAUUUCUUACACAGGUUACGAUAUGGACGACGCCAUGAUCAUUAACAAAUCCGCAGAUGAGCGUGGUUUCGGUUACGGAACAGUGUACAAGGUGGAGAAAGUGGAUCUUUCCUUGUCUCGUAGAAGAGGCGACCCCAUCACACAGCACUUUGGCUUCGGUAGCGACGAAUGGCCAGAAACAUGGAAAGAGAAGUUGGACGACGAUGGAUUGCCGCUUAUUGGUGUGAAAGUGGAGGAAGGCGAUCCCAUCGUGGCUUACUUUGACGAAACUUUGGGCAAGACGAAGAUCAAGACUUAUCACUCUAGUGAGCCUGCUUACAUUGAAGAAGUUAAGCUUUUGGCUGAUGAUACCGGUGAUCUGGAAUGCCAGCAGAUCACCAUCAAAUACAGAGUUACACGUGCACCUUUGAUUGGAGACAAGUUUUCGUCUCGUCACGGUCAAAAAGGUGUUUGCUCGCGUAAAUGGCCUACCGUGGACAUGCCAUACUCGGAGUCUGGAAUUCAACCAGAUGUCAUCAUUAAUCCACACGCUUUCCCCUCUAGAAUGACUAUCGGUAUGUUUGUCGAGUCUUUAGCUGGAAAGGCCGGUGCUUUGCACGGAAUUGCCCAAGAUUCAACACCUUGGAAGUUCUCUGAAGACGAUACUCCAGCAGACUUCUUUGGUGAGCAAUUGAAGCUUGCAGGCUACAACUACCACGGUAACGAACCCAUGUAUUCUGGUGUUACUGGAGAAGAACUCAGGGCGGACAUCUACAUUGGUGUUGUGUACUACCAGCGGUUGCGUCAUAUGGUGAAUGAUAAGUUCCAAGUCAGAUCUACCGGUCCUGUCAACUCGUUGACCAUGCAACCCGUCAAGGGAAGAAAGAGACAUGGAGGUAUUCGUGUGGGAGAGAUGGAGAGAGAUGCCUUGAUUGGUCACGGUACCGCUUAUCUUCUUCAGGACAGAUUGUUGAAUCUGUCAGACUAUGCACAGACGCCGAUCUGCCGUUCUUGUGGCUCGUUGCUCAACACACAAAUGUCCGUGCCCCGAAUCGGAUCGUUGGCUUCGGUCAAGUGCCGUAGUUGUGCUGACAAGUUGGAGACAUACAUUAAAAAGGGCGAGUAUGUAAACGAGGCCGAUAUUUGGGAGGACGGUCUGGGAACAAAGUUUGUUGGAGGAGCUGACACUACCACUGUGGCCAUUCCAUUUGUGUUGAAGUAUUUGGAUUCGGAGUUGACGGCAAUGGGAAUCAAAAUGCGCUACAAUGUUGCCCCACUCUAA